CAUGCCUUGCUGGGCCAUGUGAAAACAGUGGUGUCUGCCAUGCCAUUGACAGAGGUCUUUCAACACCCUCCUAUACUUGCUCCUGUGCCCCAGAAUAUUACGGACCCAUGUGCCAAAAUUCCAAGUCGUGUCUUCUUGAUCCUUGUCAGAAUGGAGGUGCAUGUGUGCAAGUUACAAACACCUUUCAUACGUGUUCUUGCUCCUCACAAUUCACCGGGAAUCGAUGCCAGUAUGUUGACUGUACUGGUGCCAACCCAUGUCUGAACGAAGGUGUAUGUGAGAACGCUGCAUGUACAUGUGCAUCGGGCUUUAGUGGAUCUCUGUGCAGUGACGCCUUUAUCAUCGACUGUUCCGGGAGCAACCCGUGUCUGAACGGAGGUACCUGUGAGAACAAUGCAUGUAUAUGUGCAACGGGAUAUACAGGAGCUUUGUGCGGAGACGUGUGUAAGAUCUUUUAAGCUUUUAUUUGACUGCUUAGAAUUUUCUUCUAUUCGUAUUAGAUUAGUCUGACCGGUGGUUAUUUACUUUUCUUACCAUUCAUCCUUUCCCUUCAUCUUAUGUGUGCAUAAGGCUUCCUUUUCAGGGGUAAUCCAAUUAGAACUCAGACUCACUACGGCUGUGACGUUUGACAAGCAUCCUAAUUUAUAUUAAUACUCUGAAAGUCUUAACUCUAAUUUGUAUCUUCCUUACAGUGUUAUCAUUGUUUAGGAAUAUGUACAAUCAUAUACAUUUAUGAUAGAAAAUAUGCGAUAAUCCAAUUAACGAAGAACAUACAUUAAUGUAUUAUAUGAUAUAAUUAAUACUUAAAGGUACAAUGUCCCAUUUGCAGGCCAAACACAUGAAAAUGUUAAAUUCCAACG